UAUAACGAGCGUCAAAUCGGUUGUGCAGGUUCGACACAUCCCAGCUAUUCAUGAUCGAUUGCUUUGGGCUGCCGGUUUUGUUUCACCAGGAAGUUGCUGUUUGUUUUUACAGCUAACACGAGUGUUUGCUAGUCACAGCUAGUAAGAGUUCAACAAAAUGACGGAAACACAAAACGGAGAGGCGUUUGACGCUAUUUCGGUGCACAAUUUCUCAGAGAAGAUUUUGGAGCAGGUUGUUCAUUUCCACGUGAUGAAGCUGAGCGGCGGGUUUUUCCUCUGGGUCGGUUCGACUCCGGUCCUGUCCAACUUGGCGGUCUCGAUGAGCAGCAAAUAUGACUCUGUGCCGUUAUCUACAUUAGUCAUUGGGGAUCCAUCCAAUACUGCUCCAAAUUCUUUGGCACAACGACUAGCGAAGAAGACCAAAAAGCAAGUAUUUGUGAGUUACAGUCUUCCGGUGACGGACUCCAACCUUGGUCUGCUGGUAGAGAACAGAAUCAAAAAGGAGCUGGAGCUUCACCCUGAACACUUCUGAACACCUUUAAUCCUUCAAUGAACUUCUUCUGAGGAUGUCCAGGAAGUGGAACAACUAACAAGCAGCAUGUGCUUCUGCUCUUUGGAUUUGUAUGCUCCUUCACAGACACUGUAGUCCAACACAGUAACCACAAACAGGCACAUCAAGUUUUCUUUUAUUGACAUAAUAAAUUAAGUGGUUUAUUAUCAAAACAUGUAGGCCUAUGGCUUUUUGUACAAAUGCAUCAUAUUAAAAAAUACAACUUAGAAAACAGCAUUAGUGGUUGAGUUCUUUUUUCUUCUUCUUCUAGUGUUUAACUGUUGAAAAUGUACAAACUACCAAACCACGCAGGGUUCAAAGUAUACGCUGUGUACUAAAUGUGGAAAGUUGAGGAUGUUUGAAUCUGUGUGCUCAAGUCUGUUUGGACAAAAGUGGUUUAUGGGAUGGUUUUCUAUUCAGCGUUAUUAUGUAACAGUAAAGUUGGUGGUCCAUGCAUCAUGAAUGAAUGGCACAUGUAUAGAGACCUUACCUUUUUAUGCAGUCCUGUAUAAAAUGUACACUAAUCACAACUAUGGCAGGUCUGUGCAGACUGUGCUGCUCUAUUCUAAUCUUCACAAAGGGUUAUGUUAAAAAACUGUAAACUAUUGUGCUUUCUGUCUA